AUGGGCACAGCGUGUGUGCAGACCUGGGACCUCAGUGCAGGAACAGUGGGAACCCCUCAUAAUGGGCACAGCAGGUGUGCAGACCUGGGAACUCAGUGCAGGGAUGUUGGGAACCCCUCAUAAUGGGCACAGCAGAUGUGCAGACCUGGGAAUUCAGCACAGGGAUGGUGGGAGCCCCUCAUAAUGGGCACAGCAGGGGUGCAGACUCAGGAACACAGCACAGGGAAGGUGGGAACUCCUCAUAAUGGGCACAGCAGGUGUGCAGACUCAAGAACACAGCAGAGGGAUGGUGAGAACUCCUCAUAA